CAGUGUUAAUUCCAUCUUUAAUCUGAAGGAAAAAAAAUGGUUGCUGAAAGUAAAGCUUAACAGAGGAAUCGUGAAAUCGAAGGAUCUUCUCAAUUAAAAUCCAUACUCACCCACCCCCAAUUUCUUUGAAGCCACUCCCAAUCCAAUUAUACUUCUUCUCUCUACCUACUUUCUCUCUCUUAACUCCGGGGAUAGUUGCAGUUGCGGUUACUGGAAAGGGGGAAAAUGAAGCAGCUCGCCGCUUUGCAGCAGCAAGGCCGCCGUAGCAACAGUUUCCGAAGCAAUUCGUCGCCGCUCGACGCCACGGUCGAUGGCGCAAUUAAAUCGCCGGCGACGAUUUUCUGGCUCUUCCUCCACGGUCUAUGCUGCUUAAUCAGCUUGGUCCUCGGCUUCCGAUUCUCGCGCCUCGUGUUUUUCCUCCUCUUCUCCGCCUCGCCGUCGCCUUCGACCACCACGAUCUACUCCGCGCUGCGGACGACAUUGCCGGCGAUCUCGUCGCCGCAGGAGAGGAAUGUCUCUGCCGACGGCGGCGGGAGCCGAGUGGUGGUCGGGAGGCACGGGAUUCUGAUUAGGCCGUGGCCGCAUCCGGAUCCGGCGGAGGUGAUGAAGGCGCACAGGAUAAUUGAGAGGGUUCAGGCGGAGCAGAGGUCGCAGUACGGCGUGAAGAACCCUAGGACCGUGAUUGCUAUCACGCCGACUUAUGUACGGACUUUCCAGACGCUGCAUCUCACCGGCGUGAUGCAUUCGCUGAUGAAUGUGCGCUACGAUCUCGUCUGGAUCGUGGUUGAAGCCGGUGGAACCACCAACGAAACCGCCUCGCUUAUUGCCAAAUCAGGAUUGAAAACUAUACACAUUGGAGUUGAUGGUAAAAUGCCCCUUCUGUGGGAGGAUCGCCAUAAAUUCGAAUCGAGGAUGAGACUCCAUGCUUUAAGAAUUGUGAGAGAGAAGAAAUUGGAUGGGAUUGUGAUGUUUGCAGAUGAUAGUAAUAUGCACAGUUUGGAGUUGUUUGAUGAGAUCCAGAAUGUGAAAUGGAUAGGUGCAGUUUCCGUUGGAAUUCUUGCACAUUCCGGAGGUUCUGAAGAAGGAGACCUGCUGAUGCAAGAAAGUGAUGCUGAUGAGAAAGACGAAAAGAAAUCACAAAUCCCAGUGCAAGGUCCGGCUUGUAAUGCUUCAGGCAAUUUGGCCGGGUGGCACACCUUUGAUACGCAGCCUUUUUUGGAGCGGAGUGCAAUAUAUAUAGGAGAUCGGGCAGUUGUGCUGCCGAGGAAGCUGGAGUGGGCUGGAUUUGCGUUGAAUUCGAGGCUGGUGUGGGAGGACGUAGAGGGAAAUCCAGUUUGGGUUAAGGACUUGCUUGAGAUUGGUAAGGAUGGAGAGGACAUUGAAAGUCCGUUGUCUUUGUUGAAGGACACUUCUGUAGUGGAGCCUCUUGGUAGUUGUGGACGCAAAAUUUUGCUUUGGUGGCUCCGUGUAGAGGCGAGGGCAGACAGCAAAUUUCCUGCUAGCUGGAUAAUUGACCCGCCAUUAGACAUCACGGUCCCUGCUAAACGCACACCAUGGCCUGAUGCUCCUCCCGAGCUCCCAUCCUAUGUUGAGAAAGUGACCACUAUACCAGAGAACACUGAAAAGCGGCCAGCCAAGAGCGGGUCAAAACGAAAGCGCAGUUCCAGAAGCAAGAGGAAGCACAACGCGAAAGUGUUGGAUAUUCGUGCUUCCACAAAGCAUGCUGGAGACAAUUAACAAAGAAGAAAGACGUGGGAGACAAAUGGGACUUUAGGAACUUAAAAAACCCAUGAUAUCACCACUUUUGUGAAUUCAUUGUGACUAUGAGGCCACCUUCGACAUCCGAAAGCUUGAAGCCAUGGAGACGGGAACUCUGAUCUCUCUCGAGGAAUGCAGGAAGGCAUGUGUUACCUAUACUAGCCAGUUGAUAAUGUUUGAGAAUUUUUGGCCCAUAUUCUUACUUCUUCAUCAACUAUUUCCCUAAUUCAUUUUCAUAUUUCUCAAUAUCUACGGUAACAAGUCUUCUUUUGGCUUUCAUUACUUUUGUCACGCUUGGCAGAAUAUGUAUUUACACUCUCCCAACUUUUAUACGUAGUUUCCAGCAAUAGAAUAUAUUUCUGUUAUCCCUAA